AAAUAUCGUUGCUUAUUUUUGGUAAGUAAGAUCUUCUAUACAGGGAAAUUAAUCUGGAUGAGGCGAAAAAGAAACUCUGCUCCUUACCUUCUACCGUUUUCUUCUUGGAAGGCGGCAGGCAGAAGCAAGCGCCUACUAUUCGCUCGUGGUGGCAGAUUCUUCGUUUCGCCGAAAGUUGGACGCUCAAGCGAUGAUGCCCACGUUUCCACGAAACCGGUCACGAUGCCGUGGAUUUUUGGAAAACUGCAUUUGUAUCCUAUUUGAUGACUGCGCCACCUAUGGUACCAUAAUGGCCGUACGGGUAUUUGACAAAGAGUGAAACGAGAAUCGCAGACUAGCAUGGAAAACCUCUAUUGAUUACUCGAGCUCUGAUGGUUUCGUCGGCAUUUUCUUCUUCCACGUUUAUAUAACUUAA